AUGGACGAAAAGCGAGACUACUACGGAUACCGCACAUCGACACCUCCUCCCUACCCGGCCAUGUCUGCACGGAUGACCCGGAGAAAGGGCAUCUUGCCCGCCCUUGCUAUGGCUGUCUUGUUUGCCUACUCUCUGUGGAAUUACCUGCGUCACCCUUUGAACAGCAGCAGCAGCAACAGCAGCACUUCUCGCAUCGUGCCCCAGGAGCCGCCGGUCGAGGUUGCCAAGAGCCUGGUGCCUUUGGAGGCACACAUUAUGAGCAAGUGUCCGGAUGCGAGGGACUGCUUGAGAGAUCUGGUUCUGCCUACCAUGGUCAAGUCACUGGACAAGGUCAACUUUACCCUGUCAUAUAUCGGCACACCGACCGAAAAUGACGGCGUAGACUGCAAGCACGGCCCUGCCGAGUGCAUGGGUAACAUUAUUGAGCUUUGUGCCAUCCACCUCUAUCCCGAUCCCAAGAUCAACCUCGGCUUCACCAUGUGUCUCACCCGCGAAUAUAGCGCGAUCCCCGACCGCACUCUGGUCGAGGACUGCGCUCUGGAACAUGCCAUUGACAUCAAGGCCCUCGAUGACUGCGCUACCCAGGAUGACGGAGGCUUCGGCGUUGGUAUGCUGCGCGACAGCGUCCGCCGGAGUAAGGAUGCCGGCGUCACCAAGAGCUGCACCGUCAGACUCAACGAGGAGAUUUACUGCAUCCGGGACGGCGGCGAGUGGAAGGACUGCCCGCACGGUGCCAGCCCCAACGAUCUUGUCAUCGCUAUUGAGAAGCUGUACCGUUCUGCUUAG